ACAGCGCACUGCAUGCGGGGCGUAUGUUCAGCGCAGCGUCCGCUUGGAAGACCAUUCCACGUACAAAUACAGUGCUCCCUCUUCUUCACUUUAUUCCCCUCAGUCGCUGCGUUUUGCAUUGCGCGCAUAGUUAAUCAUGGGGCUCGUCGAUUGGUUGAACUCCAUGGCGGAGUUUGGUGAGUGGGCUGGUGGACGCAAGCCAGUGACGAAGAAGUCGGAUGCACUGCGCUUCGGUGUAUUGGGGGCAGCCAAGAUUGCUCCAUUAGCUUUGAUCAUCCCAGCGCGGUCACACACAGAGGUCAUAGUCGUUGCCGUUGCAGCUAGGGACAAGACAAAAGCGGAGGCUUAUGCGAAGAGAUGGGACGUGCCAAUCGUUCAUGACAGCUAUGAAGCACUCAUCAACGAUCCAUCCAUUGACUGUAUAUACAACCCCCUCCCCAACGGCCUCCACUAUAAAUGGACGCUCGCUGCACUCAAAGCAGGAAAGCAUGUUCUUCUGGAGAAGCCGUCGGUCUCUAACGCACAAGAGGCACGCUCUCUUUUCCACCACCGAAUCUUCAACGCUCCGGAUGCUCCAGUCCUUGUUGAAGCAAGUCACUAUCGGUUCCACCCGGCCUGGCAUUUCUUCUUGGCGCAAUUCGAAAAACAUGAUAUAGAGAAAGCAAGUGCUCGCGCUGGAGUGCCGAAAGGAGGUAUCCCCGGGACGGAUAUCAGGUUCGAAUACAAUCUUGCUGGUGGUGCUGCAAUGGACCUUGGACACUACACGCUAUCCGCACUACGAGGUGUAUUUGGAACUGAGCCCACAGAAGUCACUUCAGCAAAACCUCGGCUCAUACACGCGCCACACGACCAACGCUGCGACCAAGCCAUGGAAGCAAACUACACUUUUCCCAACGGUGGCACUGGUCACGUUUCAGCCGAUCUAGGUGCCCGAGGUGGUUACUGGUUCCCAUGGCUAACAUCCAACUGGCCCAGCUUCCGCGAUCUGCUUGCAUGGAUCUCCGUGACUCUACAUCCGGAAGACCUUGGUGUAGAAAACGGUCUGGAAAAGUCUCACCAGAAGACACUCAUCUUCUCUGGCUUCAUGAGUCCGCAUGCCUACCAUCGCAUCGAUAUUGCUACAACCACCACCUUGCGCGACCCUGUAUCUGGAAAAAUUGUCAAGGAAGAGAAGAAGACCGAACGCAAAGAAGCCUACAAGUGGCCAGAGGGCAUGGGCGGCGAAGAACGGGGACAGGAUUGGUGGACAUCGUAUCGAUAUCAACUCGAGGAGUUUGUGAAUAGGGUCAAGGGCAGGGAAGGAAGUGGUGCUUGGGUGGACGGCGAGGAGAGCAUUAGGCAGAUGGAAGCUACGGAUCGGACGUAUGAGAAAGCGGGUAUGUUGGUUAGGCCUACGAGUGAGGGGUUAGAGUGAGAAGGAUUGGGGAUGCAGUGUGGCGUCACCGUUCCUGUAUCUGUGACCGGAUGAGGCUAUUGAUUGGAACGCGGGGUAGCACUCAGGGUACCUAGGCAGCAGAACGCAGUCGAUCUUACCACCAGAACAUUUGCAUAUAUUUCGAUGCAUUCAGAAACGUGUACCCUCUUUGCCUACUCCGAAGUCAGUCAAAGCCAGCCAUCCCGCUUACACCUCGCAGAAAAGCCUCACCGCACGAUAAGACAGUAAGCAAAUAGC